CAUUCCCUUCUCAGAUUAGAGUUUUCCCCCUUUUGUAACUAAAUGUAAACAAUGCGAGUUGCGAGGGAUUUUGUCCACAUCUUCAUUUUUCACACCUAUCUUUUGCCGACUGGAAAGUAGGACACAGCUAUGUCAGACCUUCGCCCCCGAAAGGAAAAUGACCAAAAUAAAAAUCUCCGGCAUAUAUUUUAUCUUAGCGGCUUCUUGGAUCUGCUUGGAGUAAGUAUGAUCAUGCCCUUGAUACAGCCUCAGAUUAUUGAUAUGGGCGCUUCACCGACAGUUGCUGGUAUUUUAGGAUCAGUGUAUGGCGGUUUACAACUGUUUAGCAGUCCAGUUGUUGGUCACUGGAGCGACAGUGCUGGCCGGCGCUACUGUCUUUACAUGUGUCUCCUGCUCACUGCCGUUGGUUACACUACUCUCGGACUCUACCAAGCACUGUCAAUUUUCUUCAUCGGACGGUUUGUUCUGGGAUGUUUCAAGCACAGUCAGACAAUCUGCAAGGCCCUGUUGGCGGAUUCUGUGAGCCCCGAGUACCAAGCUGAAGUCAUCGGCAACUUCAACUCUUUCUCCAGCAUCGGGUUCAUCGUAGGGCCAAUAUGUGGCGGCCACCUGGCAGAGACGCAGUGGGGUUUUAGUCUGGUCGCUUUCACUGCUGGUUUUGUUUUCCUUCUCAAUAGCGCUGUGGUGUGGUGGGUGGUACCCCCAGACACUCAAGUGACACAUCAUGAAGAUUCAGCUGAGGGGCCGCUGCACCGAAGUGACACAUCUUUCUCGCUAAAGAAAUUAAACUCGGAUGAGAUCAAUUUCAGCUUUGACAAGCUCAUUAAAUCUUUCCGGGAAUUUGAUUGGGUACAAUUAUGGGAUUUGUUCCUGAUCAAAUUUUUAGCAGGCUUUUCUGUAAUUAUCUUCCGUACCAAUUUCUCCAUGGUUCUGAGGCAAAAGUUUGUUGCAUCCCCAAAGACAAUGGGAUACAUGACAUCUUACAGCGGAAUUGUCUCAACUUUGUCUGGAUUUGUUGUAGGCAAAAUUACGAGAAGGUACAACAACACAGCCCGGCUCUUCCUUCACGUCACAAUCCUCCAGGCAGUGGCGCUACUGUGCUUGUCUCUGACACCGUCGAUAACUUUGCUCAUCUGCUUCUUGACCCCCCUGGGCCUGGUGACCUCUGUGUCUCGGGUCAGUGGAACGACCUUGACCAUACAGCGUUCCGGCAACACGGCACUGGGAUCUGUUAUGGGGCUCAGUCAGAGUGUCAUGGCCAUCGCGCGGAUGAUAGCCCCGUUUUUAGCGGGUUUGGCACAAGAGAUCAGUGUUGAUGGAGCAUCUUAUAUCAGCGUAGUUGCAGCGGCUUUGAGCGUUGCUAUCAUGGUUGUGAGACCCCAAGACCCCGUGUCCAGAAAACUUAAAACAUCAUGAGAGGGAAUCAAAUUUUAACUUGUUAUUGUUGUUAUUAAAUUUAAUUUAUGCAUUAUGAUUUAUUUUGGAGAGCAGCUUAAAGUUGAAUUGUUCAUGUUUGUUAUUAA